UUGACUGCGAUUCUAUUGCAACACGACAUCAUCACCAUCUUUCCCGCUGUCUUCAACCACCGCUCUUACUAUGGCCACCGCUACACGGCUGAGCAAGCUCGCCGUUGCCGCCGUAGCCACCGCAGUCGGUGGCUCUAUCCUACUUCAACCUUCUCUCUCCUCCAAUGACCGUGGCACCAGUGGUCACGCGCUUGAUUCCUACAGAAACAAGAUCAAUGAUCCGACUGCAGUCGUUCCACCGCGAUCAGUCCAGGAGUCUGCUUUGAUCGGAGCCAGUCCCGUCAAUCCGCUUGACAUUCUUGUCGUCGGCGGAGGCGCUACCGGUUGUGGAGUCGCUCUUGAUGCCGUCACUCGAGGACUUCGCGUUGGUCUCGUCGAGCGCGAGGAUUUCUCGUCCGGCACGUCUUCGCGCUCUACGAAGCUCAUUCAUGGAGGCGUGCGGUAUUUGGAGAAAGCAGUGUUCAAUUUGGAUUAUAAGCAGCUUAAACUGGUGUUUCAUGCGCUUGAGGAACGAAAACAGUUUAUUGAAAAUGCACCGCACUUAUGCCAUGCGUUGCCCUGCAUGACACCUUGUUUUGACUGGUUCGAGGUCAUCUACUAUUGGAUUGGGUUGAAGAUGUACGAUCUUGUUGCAGGGCGUCGUCUCUUGCACUUAUCUCGGUACUAUUCUGCUCAGGAGUCUGUGGAGCUCUUCCCUACCCUUGCUAGGAAUGGUGGGGGCAGGAGUUUGAAAGGCACUGUGGUGUAUUACGAUGGGCAGAUGAAUGACUCGCGGGUCAAUGUAGGGCUGGCUUGUACUGCCGCUCUCGCUGGCGCGGCGGUGCUUAACCAUGCUGAAGUUGUGGGAUUUUUGAAGGAUGAUGCUAGUGAUCGAAUUAUUGGUGCUAGAAUUCGUGACAAGUUGUCAGGUAGAGAGUUUGAUACCUAUGCAAAGGUGAUUGUCAAUGCUGCUGGGCCAUUUUGUGACUCAGUUAGAAAGAUGGCUGAUAAAGAGGCAGUGUCUAUGAUCUGUCCCAGCAGUGGUGUCCAUAUAGUUCUACCUGAUUAUUAUUCUCCUGAAGGAAUGGGUCUAAUUGUUCCCAAGACUAAGGACGGGCGUGUUGUGUUUAUGCUUCCAUGGUUAGGACGAACAGUUGCUGGAACCACAGAUUCCAACACGGGCAUCACCAUGCUUCCUGAGCCACAUGAGGAUGAAAUUCAGUUUAUACUGGAUGCAAUCUCUGAUUACCUUAACGUGAAGGUGAGGCGAACAGAUGUUCUCUCAGCAUGGAGUGGUAUUCGUCCUUUGGCUAUUGACCCAUCAGCUCAAAAUACAGAAAGCAUCUCAAGAGAUCAUGUUGUAUGUGAAGAUUAUCCCGGAUUGGUCACAAUUACCGGUGGGAAAUGGACUACUUAUCGGAGCAUGGCGGAGGAUGCUGUUAGUGCAGCUAUCAAGUCUGGAAAGCUGAAACCGACAAAUGAAUGUGUAACUGACAAGCUGCAGCUUGCUGGUGGAGAUGGAUGGGAACCUGCAUAUUUCACUGUCUUAGCUCAACAAUAUUUGCGCAUGAAGAAGACUCAUAAUGGUAAAGUUGUCCCUGGGGUUAUGGACACUGCAGCUGCUAGACAUUUAUCUCAAGCGUAUGGUGUUUUAGCUGAGAGAGUGGCCGCCAUAGCCCAGAAUGAGAGUUUGGGGAAGCGGUUAGCCCAUGGCUACCCCUUCUUAGAGGCUGAAGUUGCAUACUGUGCACGACACGAGUACUGUGAAUCUGCAGUGGAUUUCAUUGCCAGAAGAUCAAGACUUGCUUUCCUCGAUACGGAUGCUGCUAACCAUGCGUUGCCACGAGUAAUUGAGCUGUUGGCAGCUGAACAUAAAUGGGAUAGGUCAAGACAGAAGCAAGAACUAGAGAAGGCCAAGAAAUUUCUAGAAACUUUCAAGUCUUCAAAGAAUGCUCAAUUCCAUGAUGGAAAACACAACUAGUUUCAAACCCAAUCAAUCAAGAAGAAAUAUUUUUCAAGAAAACUCAACUCUUUCAAACUAGAAUCAAACAACCCAUCAGGUGAAAAUAAAUUUACUUUGCAUCUUGCCUUCAACUUGUAAUUGCCCUAGGCUGAUAGACAUGGAGCAGCCAGCAGCCAGCAGCCAGCAGCUUACAUAUACCAAAAGAAUAAAUAACUCAAGAUUGUUUUAUAUCCUUAUAUUCUCACCACAAGAAGAUAAAUGUCGUUUAUAUUAUUUUGAAGAUGCACUGUCUUCACUUGUUCAUUUCUCUGCCCAUUUUGUAUAAACUUUUCUUUUUCUUCAGAAUUUCCAGGUAUAAAUUAUUGGAAAUUGGGUUACUUUUUUAAGUUUAUUUCUCCUACUUUGCUAUUCUGAUAGAAA